AAUCGAAGUCCUCUCUCUUGGAAUUUGGGGGUAGGAAAAUCACAGCUUCAGAAAUCAAACUGGACAUAUCAUGAAAACGGACUCUUGGCACCAACUCCCAGUGGAAACCGACCCCAACCAAGGCGUGGACACAACCGGGACCAGUUCGAACCCGUUGGGAGAGGAGUUGCCCUCUCUGGAGGAAGGCCCCCUGGAUUUACCGGAAGAUCGAGGAAAAGGGAACACGUCGUAUUCCCCCUCGCUAGCUUUUGGGGACAGCGGCAUCUCCCCGCAUCUCCUCCUGGCAGUGUCCUUCCCGCCCCAAGAUCCCAAGGUCUGGGAGGAUACCUUGUUCCUGCGGACCGACCUGGAUUUCGCUCCUCUGAGAGCGACCCCUGAUCUCUCCGAAAUCACCGAGCGGCACUCCAGGCCUUCGCGUCCCAGAGAAGCCUUGCUCUUGGCAGCUUCGGACUUAGUGAACAGCUGUUUCAGUCUGUCGCAGCACACGCUUGCCCCUGCGGGUUAUGAUGCCAGCCUCUCCCAGCACCCCUUUACUCUGCCCGGCCAAGAAUCCGGCCAAGAGGACGACGAAAAUCCCGCCUUAUCCGAGCCGGGUGACGGGCACCUGGGCCCCGGUGGAACUGAUGGUUUACAAUUCCUCAGUUCGCAGAUUCACCCGGUCAGGCGGGGAUAUCGAGAGCAGGCCGAAAACGCUCCCGCGAGCAUGAGCCAAAGUCCCAGUGAGGGAGACCAGGCCUGUUUCCUGCAAGAAGGGCCUGCUCCUUUCCUACCGGAGUUGUUGGAGAAAGAAGUAGGGCUUCUCACUUCUAGGGAGGCCUCGUCUUUUUCUGACAGACCCUCAGGCAAGCCAGUCUCUCCCAGGAAUCCCGAGGAGAGUGAAUUUAGGCCGGACGCGAGUCCUUCAGAAUUGGCGGAGAGACCCUCAGAAGAGUUUAGGAAAGAACCCCCCCCAAUAUUUUCCAAAGAGGAAAUUGUUCCAGAGAGCGCGUCUUCUUCCAACAUUUUAGAGGGACAGGUUGUUAAGAAUCCCAUCCAUCCCUCGGUGAGUUCUGGAAAAUCUUUGGAAGCUACCCCGACCGCCAGGGGUGAUGCUGACGAUAUCCGAACGCUUACUUUUAGUUCUGGUAAUGGGCCCCCAGCGACGUCCACGGUGGUGAAAUUCCCCCGACAGCAGCAGAAGGAAGCCCCCGUGUCUUCUUCGGACCCGCCCGGCGCAAAUGAAUCCGAACCCCUCCGGGCAGCGACUGUCGAUUUUGGCGGGCGGGAGAUCCAGCCUGAGGGCAGCGAGGCCAAAAUGUCUGCCUCAUCUGGUGACAAUUCUGAGGGGGAGAAAAAGGAAAGAGACAGUUCUCUCUGGAGUCACCUAUUCCUGGACGAGAAAUCUUUCUUCGGACGGCUGACUCAUCCAAUCCAUCAGUCGACUCCUGGGGUGUUUGCAACCAAAACCGUCACCCCAGAAGGAGGCUUCCAGCCACUUCCUAUCACCCCCGAGCUGCAGGCCUCGCUCACUUGUCCGAGCGAAGGAAUAUCCGAGACCCCCAGCAAGGCUCUCAUUCCGAAUCAGGCCUCCCCUCCGAGUGACGGGAAUAUGAACCGGGAGCCUUUUCCUCCCAAGGGUAUGGUCCCUCCUGUCCCGACUCUGAGCUUCCUGGAGAAGAUAGGAGCCUGGGAUACCGGUCCACGACGUGACACGUCCCCUGAGGCGCCAACCGCACCUGGCCCGUGUGGGGUUUCUGGCGGGCUACAAGCCCGGGAGAUAAUUGCGGGGUCCUCAAGCCGCACCUUGUCUCCGGAGGAGGGCUCUCCUGUCAGUGGGGGAAAGUCAGGGAUGAGUCCGCCUGCCCGGGAAGAGGUGCCCCUUCACGCUUCCCCACGGACCCGCCCGCAGUCGGGAAACGGAGUCGGCCAAGAGAGGCCGCAGCCCGAAGCCACUAACGUCCCGAGCCACGGCGACAGCAGGGCCGAACCCUUAGGAUUCCCUGACGUUCUGAAAAACGAGGCCGAGCGCCGAAAAUCCGGGCUCGGCCUUCCCAGAUCCGCUCCUUUGGCCGAUCCGGGAAAGAUCAGCGGAGCCCAGGCCUCGAGACAAGAUGCCAUCCCGUCUGAGGAAAGAGGCGUCGAAGCGCUCGGAGGUGACGGACGAGAGGAGAGCAGCCUGGGCCGAAAUGGCUCCGAACCGUCCCGUGGCCCAGAUGCUUCCCCCAGCCUUCGCCACGUGAACCGAUUUGGUGACAUUUUCCCGGAGAGCAGCGCGAACUGUCUGGCACAUCUGCCCGCGAGCACUCAGAUGGUCGAGAUCACCGCCACCUCCAUCCCAGUGGCCUCUGAGCGGUUGGUUGACAAUUUAGGAGCCGAGGAGAUCUCCUGCUCGUCUUCUCCUUCACAGACACCAACGAAGAGGGAACUGAACAUCGAAGAUCGAAUACCCGUUUACCUUCGUAACCUUGGCAUCGACCAGUCUCCUUCAAGCAUCCUGACCCCCUUCGUUCCCCGAGGACCCAUCCGGGAGCCGGAAUUUUCCCCGUCGGAAUUCAGCACGUCGAGGCUUUCCUCCGACGCCGUAAGGAAGACUGUCGCGGCCUCUGAAGGAGGCUCCCCGCAGACAGCCAAAACGUACCAGUCCAGCUCGAUCUCCGGCACCUCCACCCUCAGCGCGUCCAUCCCAACGGAUUCAGACACCGGUUCCGAUUCUCCUUCACCCCAGCUCCACGGACGAGCCCCCUCAGAGACCCCCAUCAGCCAGCGCAGGGACUUCUUCCAUCAAGCCCCCGACAGGACGUCCCCCGCCGAGCAUCUGGGUGGAAACCGUUGGGGGGUUCUACCUUCCGUCCAGGGAAACGCGACACCCCAAGCGGACCCCUCCGACGCCCACCGUCACGGAGAGAGUCCCGGGCCUGACUCGGAACACGUCCGGAGUCUAAUCGAGUCGUUGGGCUUGAGGGAUCGCGACCUCAACUCUAAGGAUGCCCCUUCUCGUCUGCUCUUCGACAGUCUUUUCGCAACAGGAGCGAAAGCCAAGUCCCCGUCGCCUGACGUGAAGCCUCCGGGUGGAUGGGAAAAGCGGGAUAUCGGAAACCAUCCCGUCGUCGAGUCCGCAACCCUCGAAGAGAUCAGGACGCUGCUGGCAGAGGCGGAAAGCGUAGUCCUGAAGAGGUUCAAUCCUGCCCCUCACCUUGUCCCUUUCAGAGAGCUCGGGGAUUUUUCAACAGCCUCACUUGAAGAUCUGGCCCUCCCCCGAGACUCGUCCAUUGCUGAGGAAACCGGGGCCUCGCUACCUCAGGGAACGCCGCCGUGGGAUGAAAGCCCAGCCGCCGGCAACGCGCAGGAGGAAGCCAACCCGCUGAAGACGCCCAGCUCCCUCAGGCAAGACGGCCGUCGGGAGCCCGUCGCCCGCCGGACCCCAUUCGAGAGGCCGGCCCCGCGAGAGGGAUUCGAGAGGAAGACCAGGAUAGCCUCCGAAGAGACCCUCCGGCAGUUUGAGGCGACCAAAUCGCCUCAGAGGUGUGAGCCCGAAGGCUGCAGCGGGGUCACCAGUGGUAAAACGGUCAUGGCGGUCCCCAAGGGUGGGACAGAGGCCGAUUCGGAGGCCUCAGGUACUCCGGGGCCUCAGCGGGCCAUGCCCAGAGACCCUGCCCCGACCCGGGUGGACGUGACAGGAGAGCCCGGGGCGGAGAGCGACUGGGGCAGCAGUAGCAGCGGAGACUCUUUGGCCGCCCGAGUUCGGAAGCUCCUGCGGAACAAAUCCCCAGCGAGCCACGCUACUUCACCACGCCGAAGCCCAGAGGACGAGGAGAGCCCCGUUCGAUCCCUCGCCUGGGGGAAAUUGCAUCUGACCAGUCUAGAGCUGACCGAAGAGGACAGGAGAAGAGUAGAAGCAAUCAAGUCGCAGCUGCUCUUGACUGAGAGGAACAGCGGAUUUGGAGAGGGUCCCCAGAAGGGAUGCUUCCUAACCGCGCCUGCCGAACAGCCUCCGGUGAGGAGCCAGGCGCCUACCCCUCCACCGAGCAGGCCUCCAGAGUGGGGUACAGGCCAGGCCCCGGGAUCUCGGGGGGCUCAGCCCGUCGGCUACGGCAACCGAUCCAAGGCCAGAGACCCCGAGUUCAGAACGUGGACAUCCAUGCCCUCCCCCAGCCACCACGGACCUCAGACAACUGCAGCUGACACCGGACUUCGGUCGCUAUUUUGCGAAGAGGUCGCCAGCCGUCCGUCGAGGGCCACCGGGGAAAGGCCCACCCCGUCAGAAGCGGCGGCCCUCGACCGGGAGAGCCCAUUCUUGGGAGCCUCCAAGCAAAUCACGUCCAUCACUUUCGCCUCUCGCAGGCGUUCCAAGUCCUUCUCGGUCUCCCCCCCCGGCAAGAGUCCGCUUGGUACAGAGUCUCUGGGAGGCUUCGGCUCUGUUCCCACGGAAGAACGGAGACAAGGCGAUGAGGAGGAAGCCCUCUACCCUCCUUCAAGCAGAAGGCUGAGCCGUUCCUUAGAUAAAGGCCUGAAUUUCUCCUCGGAGAGCGAUGAGCUGUCCUGUGAGGUGGCCUGGGAUGUCAAAGACUCCCACCGGAAGAACAAUCCAUCAGCAGUGUCGGAUCUUCAGGCUUGGGAAGCCGGGCCUAGGCCUGAGCUAGGAGCGGGUGCUUUUAAGGGAAUUCAGUCUCCCCUGAGAGGUGCCUUUUGGCGGACGGGAGGAGUCGCUCGAGUUGACAGUGAUACGGAGACAAAUGCAGGUCAGGGCCUGCCCGCCGAGACUCCUCAGGGGUCAACAGACCCCCUUUCAGGCCACGGAGUCCCGUCAACAGAUCGGAAGAGGGGAAGUCCAAGCCGUUUUCCACCAGCUUUUCUUCCAAACCACGGGAGCGUGGAGGGAGAAGACAAACCUCUUCCUUCUCUGGAAGUCACGCAAGCAGACUCCAGCCGUGUCAUUCCCCCAUCCUCUCCAGCUCAGGGGGCGGACAUCACACCCGCCUCUUGCCCGUCUCCGACCAGAAGAGCCCUGUCGUGUGUCCGCAUAACGCUCUCCCCGCAAAGCGCCAGUUCCAAAACGGCAGCCGGUGCCGCAGUUCGGAGGGCAGGCGCGUCAGUUGCCGGGGCCAGAGAGCGACUGAGUGACCGGUUCGAGGUCAGUCCCGAAGCCGUAUUUUCAAAGGCUCCUUCGCUGGCGUCCACCUACAAACCACUGACCGCUCACCCUGUACCACCCGCCCAAACAUCCGGAGGUUUCCCUCCUCCGAAAUCGGCCGGGCCGUCCCCUCUUCCAGAUGGACCGGCCGCUCCGCAGGAACUGGACCGUUCGUUUUUCGGCAAGAGCCAGGCGGGACCCAUUUCGAAACAGACCCAAGUGGAUAUUUCAGAUCUGAUAGGGCAUCCCGUCCGUCUCUCUGAAGACCUCGGGACGGCCCCCUCGCCCCACACGGGGGGACCGUCUUCGUCAGACGCCAUCACUCAGAUAACGACAGAGAGCCCGGAGAAGACCAUGUUUUCGGCCGAGAUUUUCGUGAACGGCGAGGCGGGCGAAUGCGUCCCCACCGAGCCCCCUCGUCGGAAAGUACAAGGCACCCCAAAUCCGCCGCCACCGUCGUCCCUGAACCAUUUCGCCACUUCUCAAGGGACAGACGUUCAGCCACUACUGCUGCCAUAUAAGCCUUCCAGAACUGCGGCCAUGUACUACGUUCCCCACCCGAAGGAAAUUCCCAGGUACCCCCGGACCACUUCGGAGUCCACCAGUGAGAGCACUCACUCAGGGUCCAACGAUGCCGUUGCUCCGGAAUUCCCAGCUAAGGCGCUCGGCCUGAGAGACGAGGGUGUCUCCGGCAUAGGAGCCGUGAAACAUGAAGAGGGAAUUUACAGUAAGAGAGCCAGACCAAAGGUUGCCUGGACUGAAGGGAAAAUGACAUUUCAGGAGGCCACGGCAGAGUCCCAUGAGGGUUUCGAUCCUGCCAACCCGCCCCAUCCCGCCCUCAGGCCUGCUCAAUCUUCCCUUCACCCCUCAGCGUCCAGAGAGAACGAUCCCGACUUCGGAUCACCCAAGCUCCCGGGAAAGGGCGCUGGUCGGCAACCUGGUAGGAAAGACUUCUUUCCGUUUCGCCCAGCCAGAGAGCAAGAGCAACCCGGCUUCUCUCCCCUUUACCAAGGGGCUAAAGAGGAGGACAGGUUCUCCCAGUUAAGGGCCGAACUGGAUUACAGCCGGACGGAGAGUCCCGGAUUCCAGGUGGAUCUGGGGAGAGGACAGUCUAAGCAGGCCGCUCAGAAGGCCAGCGAUGAUCCCGGAGCCGGUCUCUCCGUGAGCCGUCCGCCGGGGAACGAGGAGACGGGCCGAGACGCCACUUCCCACCCCGCCGGCGGUUCGGACAGCCUCUGGACCAGAUUCCUGGAGCGCCCGAAGGCCCCCAGGCUUCCCGAAUCCAGCCGCUGGUCGGAGCCGUCCCUGGUGGAGCGUCUGGAGCGCCUGGCCAGACUCCUCCAGGUUCCCACCUGGAAUUCUCUCCUGUUCCCCAAAGGCCAGCGGGAAGAUCCCAAGGGACAGCCAGGUGACGGAGAAUGGGGGCAGAUGCGUGGUCCCUGGGAGAAGCAGCAGCACAGGAAGGAGGGGGAAGGCCUAGACGUCCCCGCCAGAUACAGCGGGGCCUAUUUCACGCCCGCGCCGGGGAAAGACCCCCACCCCAAGGCCCAGAGGGCCCGCUCCCCACAGAGCAAGCAGGCCCCGCCGCAGUGGCCAGACUCGGACGGCACGAGCGGCGUCUCUCCUCCCACGGAGAGCGUGGCCUCACGGUCGGACCAGGCCUCCUGGGCUGAGACCGAGCCCCUCACCGAGGCGAGCGCUUCCGUCUCCUCCAUCGACACGGCCCGGCUGGUCAGGGCCUUCGGGCCGGAGAGAGUGUGCGUGUCGCCCAGGCUGUCCCAGCUUUACCGUGCCAUCAGCCGGCAGAAGACUCACCAGGGGCGGGCGGGAAGGCGGAUGGCUUCCGAGCGCAGCAGAGGUCCAGAAGGGACGGUGGUAGGGUACACGAAUUCCUCCGCCUCGGUUUCCACGCGGAGCUGGGGCCCGAGCUCUGCUCUCAGAAAAAAACGAAGCGUCCAAAUGCAUCACAAAAGCAUUCAAGUGGGGGACUUGGAAAUCGUGAACAGCGCCACUAAGAAGAACACGCGCGAUGUAGGCCUGACGUUCCCCACGCCCCGGUCGGGCCCGGAGAGGCCGAGGGUGGGCUGGAGCCUGGCCGGAACGGCUUUCCCACAUUCCGGGCCCGGAGGUUCGCCACAGCCAGGAGACGGGAGGGACGGGAAGAGGCCGGCAGACCGUGACGUUGGGGACAGAAAGAGCAGGAAGAACAAAUGGCAUUCACCAGAGGGCCUCUCCUGGUUCAUCCCAGCCGAAAGCUUGAAAUCGGACGCGAGGAAAGAGAAUCGGGCCGGCCCCGGCCCCGCCUGGUUCGAGCCGCUGACUGGCACCAAGCCGUGGAGAGAGCCGCUGCGGGAGAAAAACUGGCAAGAACUGGCAGAGCUCAGCAGAAGGAUGACCCGAGUCCGGCCCGCUACCCCAUGGACGACGGCAAGGGACGAGGGACAGGAGGCCCUGAAGCCCUUUGUGAAGGCCUCCCUGCAGGAAUCCCUCGCCCUGCACCGCCCCGAUUUCAUCUCCCGCUCCAGGGAACGUGUGAAGCAGCUCAAGUCGGUCACGGCGCAGAGGAAACUGCAGCGUGCUUUGCUGAAGGAUCGAAAUGAGUUCUUCGUCCCCUCCAAACACUGGCGAGGUUGCCGGGACGCCAGUUGCCCAUUGGCUAACAGAGGUUUCCUGGUGGCUCAGAAGAGGAUAAUCCCAAAGAAGGAAAUGCUUCAGCGAUCCAAGCGCAUCUACGAGCAGCUCCCCGAGGUGUGGAAGAAGCGUCAGGACGAGAAGAGGCGAGCGGAGUACAGCGCCUACCGGCUCAAAGCCCAGCUGUACACGAAGAAAAUCACCAACCGGGUCUUGGGAAGACAGGUAUCAUGGGAGUGAUGACAAGAAACAAUCCUUGUGGUCUCCAAAGGGAUACUUUUUCCUGGGGGUCCAGCACUGAUCUAGGGGCGAACAAUCUGUGUUUUUAUAUGCUAUGUGGUUGUGUGUUUCGGGAGAUUCAUUGUGUCCGUGUUUCUCUAGGCAGGGGUCGAUUCGAUGGUAGUAAUCAAGGAUGGUCAGGUUAGAAGGGGGAAAUAUGAGGAGGGAAGGAAAAACACUCCCUCCUUUGCGUCGGGUUUGUCACGGUAAUUCUGUCAUGUGGUUUCCAGCCUUAAACUGAGCCCUUUUUUGUACGUUUUUAUACUUCUAGAAAAGAAAUUAAAUAACUUUUGACUGAC